AUGAGAGUGAAAGCUGGGAAGAGGGACACUAGUGAUUAUAAGGUGUUGGGAAGGCGUGACUUGUUUCUCGACCCCAGCGUGAGAUUGAAGGCAGCACACGGGUUACUCUUAAGUAGUUUAUUCUCUUUAAUUUUGUAUCAGUAAAAAAGCUUUAUACAUAUUACCAUGCAGGAUUCUCUACCUUACCUUGUGACAUGUAAUGGAUAUGAAACUGCUGAUUCAUCUGGACCAACCCAAGACUACAGAGCAGCUUCUUCUUCUUCUUCAAGCUACCAUUUGUUUCGACCUGUCGUCAUUAUUCAUCAAACUCGGUGUAAACUGGUAAUAUGAUUUUGAUAACGGUAUGAUUAUACAUACGAGUUUUAGGAUUAGGUGAAGUACAUGAUUUAGCAUCAUUAGAAGAGUGUUAAUUAGUAGGGUCGUAUUUGGUUGUAUUGACAUUACACGAUGAUGUUGUUUAGAGCUUUUAGAGUGUGUUAAAAAAAAAGGAAAGAGUAAGAAGGGAUCAAGUCCCUUGGUCGGUGUUUUGGAUGGACUUAAUUCUUUAUUUGGUCGAGUCAUCAUCAAAGUUCGUGCACGCCUUAGCUUGUCACAAACUCAAUCUUAGACUGAAAACAUGAUGAUGAUUAAUAUGAAUUUUGACCAAAUGAUAUUUUUACACAUACUCGAAAGGUCAAAAACAUUAAUGCGUUACUUUUCAUCAGGAUUAUCUUUUAUAAUCUUUUGACUGAUACACAUUGUUGAGCUAACACAAUCUUACCAAAUCAUGCAUAUAUACAGAAGAAAAAAACGAUGUGAUCCACCCUUUCGUGUUAUAUUGUUUUAUCAAGCAAACCGUGAUAAUAUACAUUUUUACUAUAAUCAAGAUUCACAUAUCAACAAGUCUCUACCUCACAAUACACAUUAAGAACACAGGCUCAACUAAGACAUGGGCCAGGCCCAUCCGAGACGGCAACCUUCUGGAACACACAGAGAGUUCAAUGAUCCUGGUUGGUGACAUAAGUGUGUCCGAAUUGAUUUAUAACUUGUGGUGGUGACGGCACUGUGAAGUUCGUUAGCCUUCAAGGUUUUUAUUGAAUACGCGAUUUCUUCUCAAAUGAUAUAUUCAUAUUCGUGAUUUUUUUGUAAUGUAAAGUUUUUUUUGGUGUGUACAUACAUACAUACAUACAUGCACAUAUAAUUACGAAGCAGUGUCAGGGAGUCUUGAGUUGACCUUAAUACAGUUUAAUAAGAUAAUAAAAUCUCUGACGGCUUUCGUAAUCAACCUGCCCGCGAUUGUAUUACGUAGUAGAUUAUGUUAUCUUGUUGUUUUUUAUUGAACUGCGCCAUAAAUUUUGACGCAGACGAAAUUAUUUGAAUCAUUAAACCCAUAAUUAUUUAUUCCUAGUAAUGUUAAGUUAAGAGGAGGGUCCAUUUUAUUAUAGAACUUAGUUCUAUUGUUUUAAUUAUGACGAAUAUAUUAGGCUGACAUAAAGGAUCUUAUUAGAAAAUCGUAAUUGUUUAACUUCUUCUGGAUCACAUAAUAAACUUAAAAUAUCUAAUGUAACUAUCAAUUGGACAGAGACAAUUAACCAUAAUGACUUGAAGAAACUUUGCCUCACCUAACGUUCUAUUUCUAGGCGACGCCCGCUAUUUACAUUCUAUGUACCUGGUUAUCAGAUCUAUUCUAAACUAAAUUAACAUAUACAAAAAAGAUCUAAUUAAUUUUUUUUCAAGAAUUGUAUAGGUAAUUAGUAGCUGAGAAUGACUUUUACUAAUAUCACAAUGUAAGAAGUUAUCAAUGUUAAUUACUAAUUAGGAGAUACACUAAGCGUAGACGCUUAAUUUUUUACUUUCUGAUUUUCAAAUUUUGCUUAUAAAAAGUAUUUAUAAUCAUACCAAACAAUAUAACUUUUAUAAAAAAAAAUCGAUCAUCUAAACCAAAUUUGAAAUUAAAAAAAAAAUCAGUCUAUAAAAUCAUUCUAACAACACACCAUUAAUUAGGACACAUAUAUAAUCUAUUAUCAUACAUAUUAUGCGUCAUGCGUAUAGUGAAGAGCCAGAUUUCCCUCCAAAUAAUGUUGACAAAAAAGUAUUAUCCGAAAUAAAAGAGAAGCCCCACUCGAUCUUGUUGUUUAACGCCACGUGUAAUAAUAUCUAAUCUAACGGCUCUCGUCUGAAAGCCAUGGGCAAAUCUGUGGACCCAAACACACCGAUACGAAACUAUGGGUCCUGAAAACAGCGCCGUUUAGCGGAAGUUUGCGUGCUAAAACACAGAAAGAAAACGAAAACUGCAAAGAUUCAAAAAAGCUCUUAAUCAGAAGCAAACAAAAGACACCUCUGACAAUUGAUAAACAAUACUUUAUCUUCGUCUUUGUUUGCUGUCUUCACGAGAGUGACUUUCUCAUUUUGCUGUUACUCUUUCCUUCUUCUGAGCUCUAUGGUGUGAAAUGAAAUGAUGGCAGGAGGAGAAGCAAGAGCAGUGUGGCAAAGAACAGUUAACCGUUACUUAGUCCAAGAAGACGCUAAAAGAGCUCCCAAGUUCACCUCUUCCCACUCUUCUUCUUCUUCAUCAUCAACAACCAAACAGGUUCAAGAAGAUUCUGUCUCUUCUCCUCCUGUUGUUCAUUCACAUAACCAAUCAGCUUUCAUGCCUCUGGAUUACCCUCAGUUGUUGGAUCAUCAUCCCCAUCACCUUCACGUGAAGACGCCAUUGGAAGCUGAGGUUAAUAUCUCUGAGAAGAAACCUGAGCUGGGAGCAAAGGAGACUAGAGAGAGUUAUGGUUCUUUUGG